AUGAGCUUUGUCAAGAGCAAGAAACUCGACCUCAAGGGAAAGGGCAAGCGCAAAGCGGACCACGUCACAGAACAGCCAGACGAGCAAACUAGUGAAGAGAGAGCAGCACAGCUGGCACAACUAGAAGCAUUUGGCAAUACCUUUCUUUCCUCCUUCGAUCUGCCACGAGCAGGCGACUCUGCAGAGGAAACUACUUCUGACAAGAAGAGGCUGUCAGGCAAGAAGCGCAAACGUUUAGCAGCACAACAAUCUGACUCAGCCGAAGUCGAGGUUCCGCAAGUGAGAGAGCAAGACGAGAUGGACGUCUUGUUCGGAUCUACGAAGCCGUCUGACGGACCAGCAGGUGCAUCAUCGAGCUCAGCUGCAAGCGGAUCCAAGCAGAGCAACAACAGCAAAAAGAAGGCGCCCAAAUCAAGGGUGGUGGAGACAGUCGUCUUUGGAGGCGAAUCACAUGCCGAUGCGGACGAGCUCAAGGACGCCAAGAAGGGCUGGAAGGCGUUCAUGUCGUCCAAGAUUGGCAAGAUCGCCGACGAAGAUCAAGCUGUGACCGCAAAGCUGACUACGGCGGAGGAAGAGGAAGAGAAGCAAUUGGUCGCCAACGACCGGUUGCUGUCAGAACUGCUGUCCACCACUCUGUUUGCACCUGGUACGGGCAAUACCUCGAAAGGCAAAUCCAAUCUAUCCUCGAACGACACCAUUGCACGAAUCAUGGAGCUGUCCGCGUCCGAGUCACAACGAAAAGGCCAAGCGAUCGGACGGGGAUGGGGAGAAAACGAGCUGAAACGACAGCAGCUCUCAAAAGCACCCGCAGCGAUCCGACAAGGUAUGCGCAAAGCAGCAGGAGAGAGGAGAGACAAGGAGAGGGAGAAGGCUAAAGAAUUGGGUACCUGGCAUCCCUCGCUCAAGCAGGCCUACUCGAGUCAGGCCACGGCGACCGAGAUGGGCCUCAAGAGGGAAACCAGGAAACGCCAGAGGGGAUUGGGUAUGGGGAUCGGAAAGUUCCAGGGUGGAACACUCAAACUUUCUUCACAAGAGAUUUCCAAGAUCAAUGGCAAGUUCAAGUCGCCGUCUUCGUCGUCAAAGGGUGGCAAGGGAAAGGGCAAGCGCAAGUAG